AUGUCUCAGAUCAAAGUUGGUGACUACCUCUUCCGCCGUCUUCACGAGCUUGGCAUCCGUUCAGUCUUUGGCGUUCCAGGAGACUACGAACUUGCUCUUCUUGACCUCGUCACCGACAACGACCUCUCCUGGAAAGGUAAUCCCAACGAACUCAUCUCUUCUUACGCUGCAGAUGGUUAUGCUCGUGUCCGUGGUGCAGGAGCCUUUGUCACCACCUUCGGCCCCGGUGAACUCUCUGCGUACUGCGGCAUGGCUGGUCACUACGCGGAAUUUGUUCCUGUUGUGCAUAUUGUGGGCUACCCAGCUGUCGAUGCUGUUCGCAACAAGAAGAUUAUGCAUCACAGUCUCGGAAACGGCAAGUUCGACAUGUAUGAGAACAUGGCCAAGAACAUCACUGCUGCAACUGCCGUGAUCAACUAUGCACCUACUGCGGCUCGAGAGAUCGACGAAACGCUUGCCAUUAUGAUGCGUGCGGUACGCAACGGUGUACUCGAAGAAUCGCAUGAGCUGAUCAAGUUGACCAACCUCCCAACCUUCACCACCGCGAUGGGCAAAGGUGGUCUCGAUGAAAGUAUUCCCCAGUUCGCUGGCGUCCACUCCGGUGCUGGUACUCUACCCGCUGUCAAAGAGGCGCUUGAAUCUGUUGACACGGUCAUUUGGAUCGGCAACUAUCCUUCUGACUUUAAUACUGGCGAGUUUACGACUGUUGUCAACAAAGAUGCCAUUGUUAUUGACCUCCAACGUUUCGCGGUUUGGAUCGGCAAGACCCAAUAUUUCGUGUCAAUGAAGCAUGCCAGCGACGACCUCAAGCAGGAUUAUCUCUGGGGCGCACUGAGCUCUUUCUUCCGUCCCGGUGAUGUGAUCAUUGGCGAGACCGGAACUUCCGCUUUCGGCCUCUGCGACACUAAGCUCCCCAGCGGUGUCAUGAUGUUUAACCAGACCGUGUACGGCAGUAUUGGGUAUGCUACUGGUGCCAUUGUUGGAGUUGGUCAAGCCAUCAAGGAAAGCGAGGGCAAGUGGAAGAGGCCCGUCCUCGUCACUGGAGAGGGCUCCAUGCAUCUCACUAUUCAGGCACUGGCAGAUAUGCUGCGAUGGGACCUCAAGCCAGUCAUAUUCGUCCUCAACAAUGGCGGAUACACAGUCGAGCGUCUCAUCCACGGCAAGGAAGCCUUCUACAACGAGGUCGCAAUUCUAGACUACUCCAUGCUCAGCAAGACUUUUGGACCAGCAUUCGAAUCCAAGUACCAUGGCCCUGUCAAGACCUGCAGAGAGCUAUCAUCGAUCCUUCAGGAUCCAAAGUUCGGCAAUGCAGGCUGUCUUGAGUUGGUCGAACUCGUCUUACCUCCUCUCGACGCACCUUCUGCUGUCAUCAAGACUGGUGCCGCUAUUGAUGCAUUCAACAAGGCCAAGGCUGAGCAGGGGCCAGGGCUGCCUGACCGUCCCGUUUUCAAGUUUAGAACCAUGUCGCUAAUGGCCAAUGACCCGGGCGAGCUCUCGCUCAGCAAGCUCCUCUCAACUCUUACCCAUACGCUCCAUCCAACCACCUACGUCUUCGCCACCUUCCCAGAUACCUCCAAUCUACCACCCCUAUCCGAAACGCAAAUGAUGUUCAAGGAGUCCGAGGGAAUUACAGUAAUCGUCAGCAAAGACUAUGCAGAGUCACAUAAGAUCGACUACUUCUUCCCCUGCAAAAUGAUCAGUCUCAACGUCACAUCGAGCCUGGAAGCUGUCGGAUUCAUGGCGGUUAUCGCGACAAGAUUAGCGGCGAAGGGCAUUGGUUGUAACCCUGUUAGUGGGUUCUAUCAUGAUCAUAUCUUUGUGCCUCUUGGUCGGGAGGAGGAGUCAUCGGAAGUGUUGGUACGAUUAGCGGUGGAGAAGAGGGAGGAGACAGAGAAGGCAUAGCAAGAAGGGUCAUGGGAAAAUAUCUAUCAAUCUUGAGGGAUUUAUCAAGACGGAAGCAUAAUAUCAUGGGAGUCUAUCAAUGUCUAGUAUGAAUUCUGCCUCUCGGCAGGCAAAGCUGAGUGUUGGACCUAUUACUCCAAAAGCCACUUGAUACCUUCAACAAGGUCUACAGCUGCUUUCUUCCCCUGGCUCAAAUGCACGAAAGCGCC